AAAUGUUUCCUUUGGCAUCGAUUUUGGAAUUUUAAACUGGAAAUACUUCAGGACACGGUAUAACAACUUUGAUGUACUUGAUGUCACACUGCAAUGGACCGAUUGUCUACUUGAACGGUUAGAUAUAGCAGAAAAUGGAAUUUCUUUUCUUAACCCUAAUUUGAUGUCAUCUUGCACACAAUUAGCUGAAGUUAACUUGGCUGGAAAUCGUUUAUCUAAGAUGUCGGAAAACAACACUACGCAGUUUCUUCGUCUGUUUAAAGCUCUUUUAAAUCUGUCAGUUCUUAAUCUAGCUGGGAAUGGUUUGAAAGUGCUUCCGAAACUUGUAUUUUCCAAUAACGAAAAGUUGUCAUAUCUUGACUUGUCUGACAAUGAGUUUACUGCAUUUUCUCUCCCGUUGACGCACUUAAAGAAUUUAGUGGUGCUUUCAUUGACAUCCAAUAAUCUGAACUUGAAAGAUAAAUCGACAAAAUGGAAUUUUUCAGGAUACCUCAAUAAAUCAGAAUCAAAUAAACUUCUUUUGGCCGGCAAUCCUAUCAAAUGCUCAAAGUGUGACGAUUUGAUUGCAAUAAAUUGGAUUGUACAAAACAUGAGGAACAUUGUCGACAGCAGCAUCAUUUAUUGCUCAGGAAAAAGAGGAAAGGCUACACUAGUCGAAAACGCAACAGUUGCUGAGCUCGAAGACAUUUGUAGCAGCAUAUACUGGCAACAGAUGCUCAUUAUUAUAGUAUGCAGUUCAUCGUUCGUUUUACUUAUUGUUUCUGGAUGUGUGACCAAGAAGCUUCUAAAACGUUAUCAGCAGCACAAACAGCAAAAAGAAGACGAAUGUCGUUUAUUACAUGACGUAAUUAUAGAAAACGAGAUGGUUAGUGUUCUAAAACAAGAAGAACACGUCGAUACAUUCGCAGUUUUUUUAAAUUUUAGUGGAAAUGACAAAGAUUUUGUAAAAACGUACAUUUAUGAAUCCCUUAAUGAAAAGUUGAAAAGUCGUGUUGGAACGGAACGAGAUUUAGUUUAUUUUAGUGAAAUGCAUAUGGGAGUUGGCAAAUUAAGAAACGUGAUAAGGGAUGGAAUACUUAAAUGUAAAUCAAUGUUGUUUAUUCUCUCAGAAGGUUCCUGCAGGCCCGAUGAUGAUAAUUGGUGUUUAUUUGAGUUCAAUACAGCAAUGGAAUUACAAAUACCUGUGAUACUAAUGGUGAAAGAACAUGUUCCCGAAGAUAAAAUGGAUCCCGAUAUAAGAGAAUAUUUUAAAAGCAACUCAAGAAUCAUGUGGGUCAAAGAUGAGAAGGACACUUACCAAAUGGAGAGUAGCUGGGACGCUGUUUGUUCAGCCAUUCUUCGUUCAACGACCGAAACUGUUUAUUAGAUUGUAUAACAUACAAGAAAGGGAAUUGGACCAAAAUAGGUACACCCUUUCUCUUGUGCGUGCUUUAUUAACGACAACGUGUUUGAGGUGAUAAAUCUGUCAUAUACAAUUGAGUAACGAAUUAUUAUUUACGCUUCUUAGAGAUAACCAGCAUGUGUAUCAAUGUCUUGUUUACCGUGCAUUUGUACAUUAUAGAGAUGAUAUAUAAUUAUGGAUACUAUUAUAGAGUGUUACCGUUCUUUAAACAAUAUGUGUUUUAGUAUUGUGUCUUCUAGUAAGACCAUUGUCUUCUCCUAUAUUUUACGUCUACAUUACUUUUUUAUUCAUUUUGUUUUUUAUGUCACCAAUGUGUCUGAAGUUACCAUGCUUUGUUUUAGUGUUUAACUGUUUAUAAUGAUUAUGUCAUACUUGAUGAUUAAUUUUAUAUUUGUGUAUUGCAGUACAUUUAUUCUAGAUGUCCACAUAUAUUGUAAUAGCAAGCGGAGAAAACAUCCCUUAAUUAUCCCGAGAAUUUGACAAGGGAUCAGCACUUUUUACUAGAAUUCUCCCUGUCUAAGUGUCGCUGUGAAAAUUUUGUACCGUAAUUGUAGUGGCCAAUCAGAGCCCAGUAUUGAUAAACCGGCCUGUGUAUGAUAAGCCCACCUCUGGCUAACAGUUGCAUGCAUGUUGAUAGUUCAGUUAUUGAUUAGAUUCAAGAUCGUGUGCGUAUCUGUAUGUAUGUAAUAAAAAUAUAUUAAACCA